GACUUUACUCAGAACCAAGGGGAUGCUACGCAACCAAGUGGAAUUCCUCAGAGUGGCACAAUUCAAGGCACACAACACAUCAGCUUUGACCCAUGGCUCCUUUCCUCCCCCGGAUGGGACUUUACAGUCAGCAUCACAGAGAGCCUUGAUGAAUCGACUCAUUUCACCUCUCACUUCCCGCUCAUCCAGUCACCCAGUCAGCCAUUGAGUGCAACUCACAAGUGCCAGUUUGUGUGUGAGUGUGCUUGCCACCGGAUCCAAUUCUGGCGACAAGGCAUUUUAGCCGUGGCCCCAAUAUCUUGCAUUCACCCAGGCCUGCGGCUACGCGCUCCAAUACAUGGCGUCGUGCCAGAGACAGCUGCUUCUGUACUCUCGACAGGUCACCCCGGCCCGACCAGUCGAGACGGCAGUGUUAUAACAUACUAGAACAUGUACCGGUAGACGGAGAGAUGCUGUCUUUGAUUACGUCGGGGCCGGAAGUUACGGCAACACUGCGUCUACCAUCAUCGUCCACACCACUCAAUUAUUCUCCCCGCUGCAAAGCCCUCGAAUUCCCCCGGUCGGAACUCGGAAGCACGUCUUGAGUGCGGCUCAUGAUUUUGUUAUAUUUUGCGUCUUUCCUCCUUUUCUCCUGCUUCGCCCUUCGUAUGUACUCUGGCAUCCCAGAAACCAAGUCUCCUUACCACGGCCCUGUGCCCACUCCACCCCAUCACCAACCAUGGCAGCUGAGUUGGAUCAAUUUACCGAUACGAAGUCUCUCCAGGGGGGUGGUUUGACCGGUUUGGAACGGAUGAUGGAGCUGGAAAGCAAAUACCAGAUCGACCAAUCCCACCACAAUGGCUCUCUUUCUCCUCCAACACCCUCUUCUCCCUCUUCCCUUAAUCAGCAGGAGCCAUCUACACCUAUAGCUGCCCGCCGUCUCUCUGCACAACAAAACUACCUGAUGCUCAAAGCUGUCCGGCGGAGCCUUGUCUUACCCCCACUAUCAAUCACGAUCCCCACAGGGCUGACCGAAGGCAAAUACGAAUUCACAAGAGAAAGAGACUACCAACGAGAAAGGAAAGAGGAGAGUCAAGUCCAGCCAGGAGUAAUCGCAGAGCCUCUACACAAGCAGGUCAAGUUUCUUGCACCCGACGAGGACGAGGAAGAAGAGGAAGAGACCAACAUGUCAGACCAGUCUUCGAUCUGUCAGUCUCCUAGUUGGGAACAUUACGGCGAAAGAAAGAAACAAAAGAAGGAAGAUGCGGAGCGUCGGAAGAAGGAGAAAGAGCAUGCAGAAAAGGAGGCAAAAGCAGCCAAGAAACGUCUGGCUGCUCGACUGAGCAAGGCUCCUCCCCCGACGAUGCCGCGGUCCCCAACACAAGAAGACCCAAGGAUUGCCACACUCACCAUCCCAGAACGAUCGAUGUCCGACACGCUGCUCACCAACAAGCAUCUGUUACCGAGCUCCCACCUCGUCACAACCCAAAAUGCCGACAUGUCGUUGUCAGCGGAUGAUUUGCAACGGCAUAGCCGACCGUACCACACUCUUGCAUCUCCAGGAAUGAGCAAGGCUUCCCUUACCCAGAGUGAGCGCCAAGAUCAUCUUUUGCUUCAACACACAAUUCGCUACGAGAGCUUGGAGCAGCGACCACAGCCGCGCCAGACACAGUCGGAUAGCCUAGGUGUUAUCAACUCAUCAUCAGGCCAGGUACCAUCUCCUCGGAGAGAGGCAUUCCCCCCUUCGUCUUCAAGAACUCCGAUGCUACGAGCAACAAGACCUGCUACAAGCCACAACCGAAGCAAUAGCUUAAUACAAGGGGCAUCUCGACUAUUCAUGGGGAAAGAGGACGAACCCAGAGACAGCAACUCCGGCCCUCAGUUGCAAGACUCUCCAUCAGUAUCGGAGGAUGAUACACGAGGUCGGUCCCGAGACGGGUUUUUCCGUCAUAAAAGAGUUCAGAGCGCUAGCCGCGCAAUGGCUGGGGUUGUAGACGGUCAACUACCCAGCACUUCCAGCAUCGGACCAUCAUCAAGGAGUAGUUCUCAGACCACCCAAACGAGACGCUCAUCUCUUUCGCAAGACGCCAAAAGUGUGGCCAUGAAGCUCGUUGGCAUCAGAACAACCUCCGCCACCAAGCCGGAUUGCCCCGCCAACAAGAAGCAAACCAAAGACACUGAUUACUUUAACUUCAUGGAGCACGCAUAUUCGGCUGCUAUCCUCUCGUCAAUGGCCACCGGAGGUAAACCUACGCCGGCUCCAGAAGCACCAACUCCUCCGAGAUCGCAGGGCUCAUUUGGAGAGGCAUCUGUCACAUUGACCAAUGCAUCUUCAAGCCUCAAGGGGUCUUCUGUUGCAGGCUCUGACGCAGACAGCCACUCAAAGAAGAAUCGCAGUCUGAAAGACGCCGCAAGGGCGGCACUGGGUAUGUCGACAGGGCAUUCGGCAACGCCGGAUGUAAUGAGGCUACCUAUACAAGCACCUCCUUACCUGCGAUUUCGAGCUCGAAUGAGCGCUCAGCCUUCAGUCGCUUCAACACCGAAUGAUAUCCGGCCAGUCGUUCAACAAAUGUCAACUGGUUUUGCUCAAGCCAUUGCCCGAGAAAACAAGACCUUGUCCAAACACACCCUCGAUACAACACCAGAUAAUGUGGUCAGGACGACGGAAGUGGCGUUAUCGCAGGUCAGUGCUUCAGAGGGCUCCUCUUCAUCAUCCGCAUUCGAUGAGGCAUCACCACUUCCCUCGCCAACAACAACUCCGGAUACGUCAAGGCCCCAGUCCUCAAAGGACGUGCCAUUAGUGGCCGAUGAUUUCACGAGCAGCCCAACAAGUGUGGAGGAAAAGCAAGAUGACGACCAGACUCUCCGUCAACGUUCAGAGGACUCGGCCUCACAGGUUUCUACCACACCCCGGGAUGGCUCCGAAAUACGUGAUAGCUCUGAGGGGCUCACGAUGGGUGAGGACUGGAUCAAGAGUGGACUUUUGAUAGACUUGGACUUUGACACGUCACCGAUCAACACAAAUGCCAACGGGAAAGUCAAGGCCAACCAUGGUCCUAAGCGAUCAAAUGCUGGUGCAGAGUCGUUUUCGCCAACAGAUUCCAGUCGACCACCGUCGAGGUGCAAGGACAAUACUCAACGUCAACUCAUCAUGGAAGAAAGGGAUGAGACCCGUCCACAGCUCAGAAUGUCCAAAUCACCUUCUGAUCCAGAUAUUCGCGUUACUGGUGCAUCGAUGGUCGCUCACGCCACUAUGCCGUCGACUGAGGACACUAUAAUUGCUGCCCCGAGGUCUCCCAAGCGGACUCAAACUACUGGCCUUUUCGGUGCUGAAAUGACGGGUCAUGAACAAAAGCUGCACCAGGCAUUCUCCUGGGAGAAAGGAGAUGAAGAGACUUAUCAAACGGUAUCGAUGGCGGAAGUGGCAGCUAGAGAGAAGGCUGAAGUUAUCUUGGAAACAGAACAACGGUUUGAACUGACUGGGGAGGAACCCAAGAGCAAGAGACGGCAAAAGUUGACAUAUUCCCGGAUGUCUGGUCAGGCAGGAGACCCACGAUCCCAACAACUACGAGCCGUCAGCGGAGAACGGAAUCAGUCAGGAUACCGGUAUCCCAGCUCGAGUGAACCGUCACCCAUGCACGACAGCUUUGCGUCUGCUUCUUCUUCUUCAGCCGCAGGCGGCUCCAGUCGAGCAAAGUUUACCACCCUAGCAGCAGGUUUUGCCUCGUCUCCAGAUCUGUCCGGCUCGUCAUCGAGGCAGACCGAGGAUUGGCCAGAGGUACCCCCCAUUUCUCAGAUGGUGUCACAGUUCCCGAGUCCACCAUCAACAUGCCGAAGUCCAACACCGCUCGUGUCACCAUUAUCACCACCACCAUCAAGCACUUCCUUUACCUCAACAGCAUCUCGCUCAGCCUCAACUCCCCCAGUCUCCAUCCUCAAACAACCUCGCCCAGCCAUGCCUGCCAUCCCAACCUCGAUGCCCAUCCUCUCUGCCCUCCCCAAACAUAUGCUCCACCAAUCCAACCACUCCACCCCCAAUCUCCCUCCUCCUCCUGCAUCCCGCCCCUCCACCCUCGCACUUGCCCACGGCCCCACUGCAGAGGAAAAAGAAGCAGCCGCCCGACGUGCGGCCGCCGGCGGAGCUUCUUCUCAGCCCUUUGCCAAGAUCUUGGUGCAGUGCUGCAGCUGCCAGUUCUUUUUGGAUAUGCCGUCCAAAGUGUACGAGUGCAUAGCUAGGCCGGAUGCGGUGGUUGAGGAUCGGGCGUUGGGGGUUUCGGGGGCUAUCAUGACUAUGGUGAAGUGUCCGUGGUGUGCACACAAGAUGAGUAGGGAGUGUUGUAGGGGGUAUACGGCUAUGGUUACGUUGGUGGAGAGGUAUCAUUGAAGGGCAUUAAGGAGGGGGUUGUGUGUUUGGGAGGGAGGGGGUACAGAAAAAAAAGAACAAAAGAGGAAAGAGUCAGGGAUAGGGACGUUAAGAAUAGGGAGGGUUGAGAGGGUCACUGCAAGUUUCCUUCACGUUGUUUCUCUUCAU